AUGGAUUCGCCAACUCAUGUUAUCGAUCCAGACGGCGAAGUGGUAAUAGUCUUGCUGAAUGCGGAUUCUCCAUUCGCAGAAAUGAGUGAGGAUAUGUUUGCCGAUGGGUACCCUCGUACGGUUUCAGAACUGGAUGGAGAGAUAGAAUAUUCCGAAAACCAUAUGGAUCCUCCGGAACCAAUACCGCCGCCAACUGAAGACCUCUCUGUCGCCGAGGAACCUAUUCACACCGAAGAGCCUGUUUCCGCUGAGGAGUCUAGUCCCGCCGAAUGGCCUGUCGAACAGCUAGUCGGGUCUGGCCUAGUCCCUGAAUCAUUGGACAGGGCCUGCUUCAGGAUCCAAGUCUCCGCAAAGCAUUUAAUGCUUGCAUCCUCUGUUUUCAGAAAAUUACUCACCGGUGGUUGGAAAGAAAGCGUCACAUAUUCGGGAAAGAACCCAACUGAGAUUACUGCAGAAGACUGGGACAUCGAGGCACUCUUGAUUCUCCUUCGUGCUAUUCAUGGACAACAGUACCAGAUACCGCAAAAGCUGACACUUGAGAUGCUUGCUAAAGUUGCUGUCCUAGCCGACUACUAUAAAUGCAAGGAGGCUGUGUACGUUUGGACGACUGCGUGGAUUGACGCUCUAGAGAAAGAGCGUCCCGAAACAUAUUCUCGAGAUUUAUUUUUGUGGUUAUGGAUUUCAUGGUUUUUCCAGCUCCCUACCCAAUUCGAGGAAACAACAUCAACUAUUAUGACAUGUAGCAAUGGUGUGAUCAGCAACUUGGGCCUUCCGAUCCCUGAUCAAGAGUGA